GCGCCUACCGGGAGGCGUUUUCUCGAAUGAGCACAUCAGGAGCACUGCGUGCGGAGCCUCAGACCCCGGCAGCUGCUGCAGGCUCCUCACCGUGAUGGCUGAGCAAGUGGUGUUCGACAAGGCGAAGGUAGAGCUGCAUGUGCACCUCGAUGGAGCCAUCAGGGUGUCGACUAUUCUUGGUGUUGCCAAGAGACGCGGCAUCCCUCUGCCAGCAAAUACCGUGGACGAGAUGACGGAGAUCAUUGUCCUCAAACAGCCAGCCACCCUCACCAAGUUCCUGGGCAAGUUUGCAGAGUACAUGCAUGUCAUCGCCGGAGACAGAGAGGCCAUAAAGAGGAUUGCCUAUGAGUUCGUUGAGGACAAAGCCAAAGAAGGAGUGAUUUAUGUUGAGGUCAGAUACAGCCCACAUUUUCUGGCUAACACUAAAGUGGAUCCAAUACCAUGGAACCAGGCCGAAGGGGACGUGAGCCCAGACGACGUGGUACAUCUGGUAAACCAGGGCCUCAGUGAGGGGGAGAGGGACUUCAAAGUCAAAGCCAGAUCCAUUCUGUGCUGCAUGCGCCACAUGCCAAGCUGGUCCAUGGAUGUGGUGGAGCUGUGUAAGAAAUAUCAGGGUGGUGGCGUGGUUGCCAUCGAUCUGGCAGGUGAUGAGUCACUCAACUGUAAAGCCAACCCAGGGCACAGGAAGGCCUAUGAGGAAGCGGAGCGCUGCGGGAUCCACAGGACGGUCCACGCCGGAGAGGUGGGGCCCCCGUCCGUAGUGCAGGAGGCUGUGGAAGUGCUGAAGGCUGAACGGGUGGGACACGGCUACAGAACCCUGGAGGACCGAGAUCUGUACCAAAAGCUGCUGGCUCGGAACAUGCACUUUGAGGUGUGUCCCAUUUCCAGUAAGCUGACAGGUGCCUGUGACCCAGACUUCACCAAGCAUCCGAUCAUCACUUUCAGGGAGGACAAAGCCAACUACUCCCUGAAUACGGAUGACCCGCUGAUCUUCAACUCAACCCUGCACCUGGACUACAGCACGGCGCACAAAUACAUGGGAUUCACAGAGGAGGAAUUCAAACGACUGAACAUCUGUUCUGCAAAGUCAUGCUUCCUGCCCGAGGAGGAGAAGAAGCAGCUCGUCGACAGCCUGUUGGAGGCAUACGGGAUGGUACAGUCGACUGCAUUUUAAACGUGACAGAAACGGAAGUGUGAAAAAAACCACAGAACAAAUUUCUCUCAACCCUUAAUCCCACCCACUUGACACAGCAGAAUGUCCCUUCCAGACCAAACAUAAAACCCACAGAACACUUGAUGAAAUAUGCAGCAGCUGCCUUCAUCUCACACAUUUGUACAUCAACAUCAUGUCAGUAUUCCAUCAAAGUAUUUAGAUACCUUUUAAAUACUUACGUUUACAGCCCAAUUUCCAGGAAGGAGGAAGUCCCGGUGCUCUGCAAGGUGUUAAAAAUGAGUGGAAAAAAAAUAUGUUUACAUGAAACCUCUGGAUGAAUUUCUCACCUUGUGUUUACAUCCUGUUGUAUUUGUAAUUAAGAGUAUUAGUAUCUUUUGGAGUGAAACAAAGUGGCAUGGGAUAAUUAAAUAAUUUGCCACUGAUGGAGUUUAAAAAAAAAUGGCACUUUAAUAGAAAAGUAAUUUAAUCAAGGAUCAGAAACUUGCCCUUCUUCUUGCCCUAAACAAGUAAAAAAAAGUGAAACCACCCAAUACCAAAAGUGAGGUCUUCCAUUAGCACUAGGGGGCACUCUAUUGCCACCCAAAUGGACAUUUGGACCAUAGUUUUGAACAUUGUAACUUUUGAAUUCCAUAUUUAUUCAAAACAUUUUAUAUCUAAACCAACACUUCCAGUUUUCAGACAAGUUGAUGUCACUUAUGUUUUAAACAUCUUUAAACAUAAUAAAAGCUAUAAAACAAAUGUUU